GCCCGGGCAGCACGUGCGGCGCCGCACGUGGCCGCGUGGCGCCUGCCCUGAGCCCGGCGCGCCUGGGCUCCUGCGCCCGCCUUGGUGGAGAGGCUGAGCCCGGAAGCCAGGAGCUCAGAGCCGCCGAGAGGAGCUGAUAUAUCUCGAUGGCAGCCAUGGAUUCUUCCUCAAAGAGCGUUUCUUCCGGCGAGUCUAUGUACUCCGUCGAAAGCGCCACGAGCGAGGACGACGACGACCGCAGCGCCGACUUUGACGUCUUCUCAGACGGCGGGAGCGACGCGGAGAAGGAGUCGGGGCCCCUGAAGCACCGUAGGGGUGCCUACCCAGGCCGGCAGCCUUUCCUCUUCUCCCCGGAACCGCUGGGGCGGACUAGUCCAAGCCUGCCUUGCCGGGAGCGCAAUCGCCGGACGAGGAAGCCGCUUGGCUUGCUGGCUGCGGCCAGGCUGCGGCCUACGGGACCUUGCUGCCGUCACCCGCCGGCCCUCGACGAGGCGUACUAUAGCCGCUUGGCGGAUACGGGCGGCGGCCUGCGGAGGAAUCCCGCUGGCCGGAGACGGGCAGAGAGCGGCAGGUGCCAGAAUGGGGGCGUCCAGCCCCACCCAUACGCAGCGCAGCCGCCUCUCCGUGGAGUAAAGAGGCAGAGGAACCAUGUUGCGGACCGCGAGGACGUACGCUCUCCUUGCUGGACCGAGAGGGACCAUAUCUUCGCACAGAAGUGCUUGGAACUCCAGGGCUUCAUUCAUCCAUUGGUGGAGCUUCUCAACCGGCUGAAGAUGGGCCGCUUCGACCGAGGGCUAAGCAGUUUCCAGCAGAGCGUAGCCAUGGACCGCAUCCAGCGCAUCAUUGGCGUUCUCCAGAAACCAGAAAUGGGGGAGCGUUACCUGGGCACUCUGCUGCAGGUCGAGAGGAUGCUGAAACUCUGGUUCCCUCACAUCGCCGUGAGGAAUGCGUGCGCUGACUGCGGUGUGGCCGCAACGCAGGAUUCGUGCGAUACAGCCGAGCAGUCAUCCAUGGAGGAGAACCUCCCUGAAACCCGGCUGCCAUCCGGCCAGGGCCCCACGCAAAGCCCCCCCACGGAGGAACUCCACCAGACGCACCUCGGGGACCUGGUUUCCCCCGGCGACAAAACCACCGCUCCGUUGGGGGAGUCUCCCCGCUUCCUGGGCGGCGACUGGCCCGCCAUGAACUUGACGUGGAUUCACACCUCGCCCAUUUCGACGCCCCCCUUAGGGAACGCGGAUGUGGGCCGGGCCAGUUCCGUCUUCGGGCAGACCCUGCUGGCGCCGAACUGCACUGCCUAUGGGCUCGUCGUCUUCCUCCAGAACAACCCCUAUGGCCGCCCCACCUCUUCAACGCCCGCCCAUCUCUCCAUGAGCUGCCGCCACACCGACCGGCUGCGCCCGGGCCCAGGGGAGCCCCCUCGGUGUCAGAGCCUGCCAGGCGCAACGGCAGUGGGCAGCUGCCUUGGUCAAGGGCCCCAUAGCGGCUUCUCUCGGUCUCUACCCCACUUGCCCACAUCGGGCGAGGGGCACAUGGUGACCAGCGACGGAAGACCCGCCUACCACUGCGAUUCCUGAUGCCCGCCUGACAGGCAUCUCCCGAAAUGUGUGAAUUUUAUUUUAUUUCUCCAUCCCGUUCUCCUCUUCCCUUUUUACAAAUGUUCUGCCUUUUCUUUUUUAACUUAAAAGCAUUUCAUGUGUGUCGGAGGGGCAACGCCGUAGCCUGGUCUCCGUUCGCCAGGACAGGAGCGCCACAUGUUUGGUUUCAAUAAAAGGCACCAAAUGA